UUCAGCAGAAUUUAGAACCGGCGCACCAGUGUGAAGGCUCAUCGUCUGGAGUGUAGUCGUGUUUCACGUUUUCUCUUUACAAAGUUCAACAAAUUAUCUUUGGAACCCUUUACUCGGCAUAUACAUAUACGCAUAGCGAAGAAUGCGUUUUUUAAAACUGCUGGUGCCGUUGGGCUUUAAAAAUGUUAUCCGAAAUGUUUCAGUUGUCGCAGUAACCAUGAAUGGAAACGACAAUUACAAGGAAGCAAAAUCGAUAUACGAUUUUACUGCUAAAUCAGUCAAAGGCGAAGAUGUACCCUUAUCCAAAUAUGAAGGCCACGUUUGUUUGAUUGUGAACGUAGCGUCAAAAUGCGGCCUUACGGCAACGAAUUACAAAGAAUUGAAUGAACUGUUCGAUGAGUACGCAGAGUCCAAAGGUUUACGAAUUUUGGCCUUUCCGUGCAAUCAGUUUAAUGGACAGGAACCGGGAGACAGCAAUGACAUAUGCAGUUUUGCUGAUCGGCAAAAAGUAAAGUUUGAUUUAUUCGAAAAAAUUGAUGUCAAUGGAGACAACGCGCACCCACUGUGGAAAUAUUUGAAGAUGCAGCAAGGUGGACUGUUCGGUGACUUUAUAAAAUGGAACUUUACCAAAUUCAUCGUGGACAAACAGGGACACGUAGUGGAACGUCAUGGACCAAACGUCGAUCCCAGUAAAUUGAAAAAGAAUCUUGAAAAACUCUUCUGAAUACUUUUCUAAUACUGUUAAAUGCGCAGUCAAAGAUAUGCACUGGUAGUACUGUUUAUUAAUAUAUUUGACACAUGCGAAAGUGAUGCAUAGAUUGUAAAUCAUUCCUGUUCUACGACAUGAGAAGUGUUUUAAGUGUUUUUAAGAAAUUUCUUUACCACUCACAGCUUUGAGACAUAUAGUAUUUAUUUCAUACAGUUGUUUAUUUAACACGCAUCUCCUAUAAUUGACAGGAUCAUGUUAUACUUUUUUUUAACUUGCAGGCAAUAUUUAAUUUUACAUUAAAGAGUAAACAAAGGUAUCCUUGUAUUAAAUGUACGUGUGUGUAGAAGAUAUUAAAAAAGGAUGUAUUUACGGUAA